AUGGGGGGGCCUGUGGAUGAUGCAUUUGACCCCGAUCUUGAUGAUUACAUAGUUGACCCCGAUUACGAUGUAUGGGAUGAUAACGACGACUUGCAGCACGUGCUCUCUGAAGAAAGCUUCAAUUAUGACCCAAAGACAAAGCACGAGAAGUAUUGUUCCUUCGUAGCGUGUUCAUGCCCGGUUCGAGACUGCAAUGUCAAAGGGUCGUCCAAAAUGAUUUAUGGUCACUGCAAAGAGAUGCAUAAACAUUCUUUUAUACCAUUUCAUUUUGGACGUAGAUUCGGUGUUUCUCUGAACUUGGAUGAUAGGGGCUUACUUCUCCAAGAGGACACAUCAUAUACUGUGUUUGUUGUGAACAACACAACGUUUCAUUCUUCUACGAAGAAUUUUCAAGACGCCAACAAUUUCUACAGUUCGUUGACAGAGUUACUUCUUGAUAGUAGUGAUCGUGAUUUUUUUCCUGACGGGUUGGUAAAGAUGGAGUUUUGUAAACUGAGAAUAUAUAAGUUAGUUUUUCUGUAG